AUGCCUCUGGAACGCCCUUCGAAGCCCAACAGCAAAGCUGGACGCAGCUGCCGCCGCCGCACCAGCAGCAGCACCAGCCAAAGCCCUGCCCGCAGCAGCAGCAGCAGUAGCAGCAGCAGCGGCGGUGGCAGCGGUAGCGGCAGUGGUGGAGGUAGUUGCCGAAGGCGGGGCAAUAGCAAGAAGGAGGGCUCGAAGGUGCAGAGCCGCGAGCGUCAUGGCGGCACCGCUUCAGAAGCAGCAGAUGCCACGCGGUUUGGGGCUUGCUGCACUGACCUGCAUGCAGCGCUCACAACCCCCAGAGUGCAGCCGCUCUGGCGCCGCUGGUUUGAGACUAGUGGCUUCGUCUGGUGGCCAUACGGCGGCGCAUGCGGCAGCACGUGCAGCCUCCAGAUAGACAGAGAUGGGUUCGUCUUGCAGCAGCAGCAGAAGCAGCUGCAGCAGCAGAAGCAGCUGCAGCAACAGCUGCAGAUCAAGCUAACGGGAGCAGAGUCUCGGCCUGGCCCAGGUUACCGCCAGUUCAGCCACGAGGGAUGGUGUUGCCAGUUUCUGUGGAAUGCGCGCUCGCUGCACAAUUGGCAGAGUGGCGCCUGUUCUUUUGCUGCGCUGCACACGGACAGCCACAAACUCUUCAUGGUGUCCAUACACCCCAAAGGCGUAUAUGCUUCCAGAGCAGAGGCAACGCCACUCUCGCCCACUGCAGCGCCGCUGCUGCAGCGGACUGUUGAAUCCCCCGCAGAUGAAACGCCACGUGAAACAGGCCAACACCACCGUCAACAGGAACAGCAGCAGCAACCGCAGCAACAGCAACAGCAGCAGCAGCAACAGCAGCAGCACUCACGCACUGCAGCACAGCUCCAGCAACAGACUGUUAGAUCCCCCACAGCUGAAACGCCGCGGCAAACCCGCCAACAGCAACGGCAGCAGCACCAGCAACUGCAGCAUGACUCGCCCACCGCAGCACCAUCGCAGCAGCAGACUGUCCGAUCCCCUGCACCUGAAACACCGCGGCAAACUCGCCAACAGCAUCGGCAGCAGCAACAGCAGCAGCAACAGCCUCUGCCAGAGUACCAGCAGCAACAGCAGCAACAGCUAUAUAAUAACAUGGAUCCUGCCUCGGCCAAUCGUUCGCCAGAGUCUGAGGCUUUCUCGCAGCCUUCAGUGCAGUUCGCUGUUGGGGCUGGGAGGUACUUACGUGCUAUGUUGCAUGCAAAACCGGCUGUAUUGGCCGCAGCAGCGGACAGGGUCUUAUGCGUCAUAGAGCCUCUUAAAAAGGGCGGUAGCCUCCCCGGCAGCAGCUCGUUUUCUAAGUCAGACAGCAGCAGCUGCUGCUGCCGCCGCCCUGCCAAGGGGGCCCCCUCCGUCUCUGUUUCGCCUACCUACGCUGCAGCAGGCAGCAUUUCGUCUUUGGCGUCUCUAGAACUGGAGUUGGAGAGCCUGGUCAGCGGUGGCGGCGGAGGCCGCAGAGGCAGCGGCAGAACCAGGAAGAACGGCGGCUCGCGUCAUGCAGCUGCGCCAGCAGCAGCAGCUGCUGCUGCAGCUGGAACAGGAGGUGCAGGGGAUCACAGGAGGGCGAGCGGCGACGCAACGGCAGCAGCAGCAGCAGGUGAGGUGCGGGAAAUAUGUCGUUUCUUUCCACGGGGAGCGUGGCUUGGAUGCAGUGUAGAUGCAGCUAGCGGCCUCAUGGCUUGCAGCCACCGCUCGACAGAGGCAACAGACAGCGCGGGCAGAGGCAGGCGAAAGAAAGGCCAUAGUGGAAGCGGAGCGGCUGAGCCUUGUGAAUACAAAGUCUUUGAUCUGCUGCAAGAGACCGAGUUGGCACAAUUGGCAAUUGAGGGUACGCUCAAGUUUCAUUUUGGUGCUGCUGCUGUUCUUGCGGUUGUUGCUUUCUUUGCUGCUCUCGGUUCUGCUGCUGAUGCUGUUGCUGCCGUUGUUCUUGCUCUUGACGAUCCUGAUGGCGUUGUUGCAGUUUUUCUCGCUCUUCAGUUUGUGCUGACCACGCAAGAAUUUUUUGUCUGGACGAUCUCCGACGCGGUGCCUGGGGAGGCCUUAGAAACCUCUGCAAUUGUGAACGCUCACACCGACGGCAUAUUAGGGCUCGACGUGACGGAGACGUACAGUUCCUUAAAGGUCCUCUCGGGUAGUCGCGAUGAGACGAUUAGUCUUUACUCCGUAGAUCCUCUCCUGCGCCUAGCCACUUUUACUGGACACCAGGCCGAAGUCUCGGCUGUUUGUUGGCUGCGAAACGGCGAGGCGGCGCCUAGCGUUCAGCUCUGCCCAGGAGAAGAAAUGGCGCCGGGUGUAUAUGCAGCUCCAGAUGUAUAUGCAACCCCAGGCGCCUACGAUGGCACUAUCAAAAUAUGGGACGCCAGGCAGGCUGACCCGAAAAACCUCUCAGGCAACGGAUUGACGUUGCUAGAACACCAAAAUAGAAUAACGAGGCUCGCCACUGCCUGGGAUGGCCGAAUGUUGUUGUCCGGGGAUUCGGAGGGGGUCGUGAAGUUGUGGGAUUUGAGGAAAUGUGCGGAUUCCCUCUUGACGGCGAAGUAUAACGGAGCCAUCCUCGACCUUCACGCGAAUCGCGCCUUUUGUGUAGUCCGAUCUAGUCCUUCCCGCGGUCGUGACACUGUGCACGUGUUGGAUUUCUGCGGACGGCCCACCUGA